AUGUCUGCUAGCCAGAGUGAUUUUUUCUAUGGCUGGAACUUGCUUUUCAAAACUAUAGAAAAGCAAAUCAAUAAAAAGGAUGACUUGCUCAUUGCUUUGGCCCAUUUCGUACUGACUAAACAUUCUCAAUUUCGUUGCAUUGGCUUGGGUGACGAUAAAACUUUAACGGAGGAGGAUGAGAACUCGGGUUCCGAGUUGCUGCCCGACAAUUGGAAUGACGACGAUAAGAACUAUGCCUUAAGAUAUACGCAUAAUAAGCAGUUGUAUAUAUUGCUGGGCUUGAGGACAGAGGGUUCCCUGAUUAUUACCCUUAUGGAUGUGAAGGCACAUAAGGUUUCCAACAUUGGCCUAGAUGGUGAGGAAUGGAUAAAGGAUUUAAAAGGCAAUAUUUCAAAGAUGAUACCAAAUGCCUCACAAUUAAGCGAACGCUAUCGCAAAGAAUUAUUGGAACCGGUAUUUUCAGGAAAUAGCAGAGCUGUUACCACUCAAACAGCAUCAUCUUCGACUUCUAGUGCUAAUUCUGAUCAUGAUCCUUUGAGAAUUGGUGAACCCAGACGGCCCUUUAAUCCGUUUGGUGCACCAGAUUUCCAAGGACCUCCACCAUUUGGAUUUCCUGAUGUUGGCCGCGGAGAUUUGGACCCCUUGGGCCGCGGUGGUCCCGGCAAUCUUUUCCGUUUUCCUCAACAGCCUGGAUAUCUUUUAGGACCUAAUGCCGGUCCAAGACCAAGGUUUGAUCCAUUUGGACCACCAGAUCGAGGAUUGAGACCAAAUCCCAAUCCGGAUCAUUUGCCACCACCUGGAUUUGGAGGGGAUUAUUAUAUGUAAUUUUUUUAGUAACCGAACUUUUCUAAGUUGGAUUUUGGCAAAUAAUUUUUUGGUUGAAUUGGAAUUAUUAAUAAAAGAAAUAAAACUAACAUAAAACAUUUA